AUGGCAUCCCAAAGCGUGCUGCUUCAGUUCAAUCUGAAGCCAGAGGACUCGGAGGUUAGCUCCAGAUGUGAGGAGCUGAUGGCCAUAUUUGGUCUGAGCGCAGAGGAUCUGUUUGUCCAAUGGGAGACCUACGUGAUGAACGCGAGUGCAGCUGAUGAUCCGCUGCAGUUGAACGUUGAGAAUCUCGGGAAACUGCAGCAACAUCUCCAGAAAAAGCUUGUGAAAAGUCAGCAGAAGACGCCGCUCUCUGCAGUCAAGCGUCCGAUGAUGAGAACGCCAAACAUGAACUUAGUACCAUCAACCCCGUCCGUCAAGAGGCGCAGGAAGGAUACACCACAGAGUGCCGAUGCCAGUUUUGCUGGCCUGGACUCGUCGCCGCUGCGUUCCUCUCCAACAAAAUCUGCGGUCUCGGGCGAAAUCAUCGAGACGUUGAACGGCCAUUUGGACGUUCUUCCUGGAAGCGGGAUUAGGCCGAAGCUGCUGGCCAACUUCAAUCCUCAGAAAUACAAGUUCCGCACCAUGAAUCAGAAACUGCUGGAAGUGGCGGACUACCUUGACGAGCAAAUUGACAGCAUGGCCAAAGCUGUGCUUGAACACUACAAAUUUGACAGCGAGGAGUUUGGCAACCCGAAUAUCCAGUCCCAAACUGAGAUCCUCACUGUGGGGCGAAUCGUGCCAGACUCGCCAUUGACGGCCUCAGACGCCGAUCUGAACGCCAAUUCGCUGUUUCUGGAAACGUCGCGACUGGGCGGAAUAGGCCAGAGAAUUAAGCUCGAUCUUUCCUCGCUGCAUGACUACUCUUUUUUUCCUGGCCAGAUUGUUUGCUUUCGCGGCCAAAAUCUCACAGGAGAGUUCUUCAAAGUCACUGAAACGCACCAGAUACCAUUUCUGGGAUCACCUGUCUCGUCCGCCGAGGAGCUGCAGUCGUAUGAGUACGGUGCAGGAAAUAUGAAGGUGAUUUUCACUGCGGGACCUUACACGCCCCAGAGAGAGCUUAAGUACAGCUAUCUGGCGGAGUUCGUGGACAGAAUGAACAACGAGGUGCGUCCAGACACAGUGGUGAUGUUUGGGCCCUUUGUGGAUGUGAAUCACGUCCAAGUAGCAGACGGAACGCUUCACUUCGACGAGCUCGAAAAACAGCCGGCAACGCUAGAUGAUGUGUUUCGUACCGUGGUGGCACCGAUCCUACGGAGACUCGAAUGCUUGGUGAUUCUGGUGCCCUCCACGAAAGAUGCCACAACCAAGCACGCAGCGUAUCCGCAGGACUCGUUCGACAGAAAAAACCUGGGCUUGCCCAAAAACGUCAAGUGUUUCCCGAAUCCAGCCACUUUUCAACUCAACGAAUUUCUCAUCGGCUGCUCCAACAACGACAUCUUCAAAGACCUCAAGGACGUGGCUGCGGGCGCCCCAUUGAAGGAGUCGCGCUUCGACAGAAUCUCUGGUCACGUGAUCGAGCAGCGGCGGUACUACCCGGUGUUUCCUGGCGGACUGAAACAAAAACGGAGUCUCAAGGAGGACGAGCAGGCUGUGCAUAUUAGCGGCGCGGACCUGCACGUCAGCUAUAUGGGACUAGCUGAAUUUAACACGUCUUUGCCAGAUAUACUCGUGAUUCCUUCGGAGCUCAAGGCAUUCAGCAAGAUUGUGCAGAACGUGCUAGUAGUCAACCCUGGCACAUUUAUGCGCCAGAAUGCAGCAGGCUCAUAUUGCGAGGUAAAUCUCAAGGCGCCAAAGCUUGAUGAGCUCGAAAAAGCGGGCGACUUAUAUCUCCACACCGUGUGGAAAAGAGCACGGGUGGAUGUCAGACGAACAUGA